UCCGUCGUCAGUUCGUGUUGGGUUUGUUUGACUUUGGAGUUCCCAAAACUGCGCGCGACAACAUGCGACUUCAGCCAAAGAACUUUCUAAUAACCUAAUCUUUGUUGAAUAAUAUUUUGCAUUACUGCAGAGUGCCUAUCGAGUUUUUGCUCAGUUUUUACCCUUCUGAUUUUCGUCGUUGGUCCGUGUGUUUGACGUUGCAGGCCGAGACGGGAUAACGCUGUGUACUGACAGUAUUGUGAAUUUGUGAAGAAAGGAAUCGGUUUGCUUGAGGCGCACUUGGCAGCUUGACUGUGGAAUGCACUGUUUCAUCAGCCAGAAAAAUUCAAUCAAUUCUUAUCCGCCAUCUUAUCGUUGACCUGUUGAGCGUGCUUUUACGGGAUUUUUAAAGUUGGCUCGCAUCUCCUACAGCCAAAAAAGCGCGAAAGCUUGGACUGUUAUUGGAUCGAGCGAUUCGGGAGUCGACAAGAAAAUCGGGAUUUCGUGGGGUGAUGCGUUGGGGCAACGAUAAAUUAUUUUUGGAAAAAGCAUUGUGAAGUCGCCGCGUGUAUUCCCUGGUUGAAGCGUGGCGAGGCGAUCCCGAGUGCCGUCGUCGGCGAUGACAUCGACCAUGAGCCGGAGCGCGGCGCCCGUGUCCUCCCUGCGACGGCUGGACGAGCGCGCCUCCCCGGGCAACUCCCGCCUGGCCAGCGCCCUCUCCGGCUCCCGCUCCCCCUCGGCCGGGCGGGGCCCCGCGCUGCUGGGGGCGACGGGAGUGGGGCAUGCUCCAGGGGGCAAGGAGAUCAUCCACAGCGGCCACUUCAUGAUGAGCAACGUCCCGCAGGACGAGGACGACGACGACGAGAGCGACGAGGUGACCACCGGCUCGGAGGAGCUCCUCAGCGACGCUCCGGAGGACCCGCGCCCGGCUCCCAAGGCGCCGCCGCAGACGGCGCCGGUGGCCGCCCAGGCCGGCCCCUCCCGCCCCGCCUACCGCGCGCAGCAGGCGCAUCUGCCGCGGGGACGCAGCAACUCCAUGACGCACGACGGGAUGCACCGGUCGCGGAUGAACAUUGCGCCGCAGCAGCAGAAGGGGAAGCUGAUCGAUUCGUCGCUGAGCAAGCUGUUCGAGUGCAUGACGCUGGCCUACAGGGCGAAAUUGACGUCUCCCAAGUGGAAUAAUUUCAAGGGAUUGAAGCUCCGCUGGACCAUCAAGAUCCGGUUGAAUAACGUCAUUUGGCGCGCCUGGCACAUGCAGUUUAUCAAGCAAGUGCGGCCGCUGAUCGCGCCCUUCUCCAUCGAAGUGGACAACUCGGUGCACAACAAGACGGAGUCGGUGCUGGUGGAGGGCAAGUACUGGAAGCGCCGGCAGUCCAUCGUCUCCUCCGAGUACCGCCGCUGGCGGCUGUGGUACAAGGACCGCAUCUCCGGCGUCCGCACCCGCACCGACAGCAUGGGCGCCAGUGCGAUGAGCUAUGACCCGCACAACGAGGGUAUGCUGCAGCAGCCCUGCCUGGAGGAGCCCAUGAUGCUGGACGACGUCCUCCUGCCGGACUUCACCGACGCCUUACUGGCCCGCCUCGGCCAGCAGCCCUUCGCCUUCCCCGAUCCCAGAGAAAUCGCGCAAGCCGGGUACGCGGAUUUCAUCCAGCCGGGACUGUUGCCGCUGCAGCCGUCGCUGGAAGACCUGAUGGACACGCUGGAGCCGUUAAACGAGUACUUUGCGCAGCAGAAUCAAGCGUCGUCCGGCUACAAUCCCGUGGGACAAUUCGGGAUGGGUAGUUCGCAGGAAUUCAUAUCUCAGGAUAAUUACGGCGGCUCCGACGCGUACUGGAAGCAAUCGCUGGCGCUGCCCGACUACCUGGUCCAGUCCGUCAGCCCCCCGGCGCCCCACCAGCCCUCCUCCAACCCCUCCCGCGCCCCGCCCGCGGCCGGCACCUCCAGCGCCUACAUGUCCGACUACGCCUCUCCACAGUACGCUCCGCCGACGACGUACUCGACGCAGUACAGCGGCGGCACCCUGGACGCCAUGCAGCCCCUCGACACCUUCCGCGCGGGCCCGCAGCAUCCACAGAGCGGAUUAUCGGAGUUCGAGCUGCGCCGCGAGGACAUCCGGCAGCGCUCGCUGUCGGGGCCGACGCCCGGCGGGGGCCCGCUGAUCCAGCCGGACGUGCUGGCGGCGCUGGCCUCGUUUGGCCGGUCCAUCUCGGCGAGCAGCGGGAAUGUGGCGCAGGCGGGGUACGCGCCAACCGACGCGCAGAGUGGGAGUGCCAGUGCGCCCGUCAGCCGAUUGAACUCCAUUGUGCCCAAUAGUAACGCGUUUGUCGUACCGGAAGUGCAUCCGAUCAGCAAAGGCCGGGGUCGCGGCAAGAAAGCCGCAGCCGAGAGCGCCUCGACGGCGGGCGUCCCGUCUGCGCAGUUCAACGCUCCCGGACGAACGGCUUUAUCCGUCACGCUCCCGUCGUCCAACGAGGGAUCGACGCUGGCUCGUCUGCUGACAAGCGGCCCGGUGUUCCCCGGCGGCGUCAUCCAGCCGGCAUCGGGAUCGCCCUCCAGGAAGAAGCUGGCUCCCAAACCCGCCGCCAACGAGCCCAAAAUCCGUCCCGCUCCGCCGACGCUGACCAGUGUGGUGCUGCCGGCGGAGAUCGUCAGUGAGCCGCUGGUCGUGCCCAAAGUGGAAAACACGUUUCUUCAGGAUUCGGGGUUGUUCCGGCGGCGCAUGGAGGAGUCGGUGGGGGAGCGGCCGCGGAGUCGCGAGAGCCGGCGCAUGAACCACAUCACGGCGGAGCAGAAGCGGCGCGGCGACAUCAAGAGCGGCUUCGAGAUAUUACAAGGCAUGGUGCCGCAGCUGGCGGCCAGCGCCAGCCACAGCCCCGGCAAGCAGGUCAGCAAGGCCGUCAUCCUGCAGCGCGGCGCCGAGCACAUCCACCGCCUCAAGGAGGAGCGCCGCCAGAUGCAGGCCGAGGCCGACGCGCUCAAGCAGCAGAUCGAGGCCAUCAACCACGCCGUCACGGUGUGCCAGCAGCAGCUGCCGGCCACCGGCGCCCCCGUCAGCAGUCGCGCCCGCAAGGACCGCAUGAACGAGAUGCUGGACGAGCACAUCCGGGCGCAGACCAUGCACAACUGGAAGUACUGGCUGUUCAGCCUGACGAUGCGGCCGUUAGUCGAUUCGUACGCGUCCAGCGUGGCCUGUCGCGGCGUGGAGGAGCUGGGCCAGAACGUGCUCAACUGGGUGGACCAGCAGUGCACGCUCACGCAGCUGCGGCCCUUGAUCAAGGAGUCGAUGCGGAAGGUCAGCACCAGCACGCACAUCCUCAGCGACCCCGGCCGCCUCCCGGAGGAGGCCCGCCAGGCCGUCCAGCCGAAGCCGGCUGCCAAGGCCUACGCCUCGCCCUCCACCUCCUCCUCCACGUCCUCCCUGGGCAACAGCACCACCCUCGGCUCGCCCAACAACACUCGCGGGUCGCCGCACCCGGGGACGCAUUUCUCCUGAUCAACGGACGGCGAAUCGAGGAACGCGCCUUAUGACAGUGCCUUGCGACGGAGCGUGUGUGCUUCUCGUUUAUACGACGGAUUUUAUUCACUGGCGUACCGACAACCGACACGAAAUGGCGGAGGCCGGUUGCGGCUGGUGUUUUUGUUUGAGCACAUAGGCGUUAUUUUGAAUUCAUAGUGUCGUUUGUCGAGUUGGUUAUUCAGACCAGAGGAAUAAUUGUGCGCUGCGUCAAGAAUCGCUUCGUGUCACGUGUGGGGUGUGCGUGCCGAAAUUUCUGCAGUUUUUCAAUUGCAUACCAAUUUAAAAGGAAAGUUUAUUAUUCGGGUCAAACUUGGAUACGAGUGUCAGAAAUUUAUGACUCAAGUAGGAAAUUAUUUUAUUGGCAAUGGCCACCCAAAUAACAAGAACUGCAAGUGCUGG